GUCUUGUUUGGGAACUUCAAUUCGCAUCAACAUGACAGCUGCGAAAUUGAUAUUUGUUACUGCCCUGCUGGCAUGCUUGGCAGCCAGCUGCUCGGCUGGCUUCCUAGACUACAUUUUCCCCACCAUCAUGUCGGAAUAUUACUCUCAGGUGCCCACCAAGGAGGGUUAUCGUUUCAACUUGGAGGAGCCCAAUGGCAGCAAACGUGAGGAAAUGGGUAUUAUUAUGAAUCCGGGACAGCCCGACGAGCAUCUGGUUGUGAUGGGUUCUUACUCCACCUACGAUGAUAAGACCGACACAGAAUCCAUUACCAUGUACACAGCCGACAAGGAUGGUUAUAAGUCGCGCUACAUGAUCAAGAACCGCAAACUUAGCGCCGCUGUUCUGAAGUCUGGAACUGGUUAAAAAUUAAACAAAUUAAUAUUUUUAUU